CGCACACCCACAACAAAAGCAUCAGCUGCCGUAUUAUUGGGCUUCAGGGCGCAGUGGGGCAGUGUGCGUAUUUCGUUCGUGUACACUCAGUUUUGUUUGAAACCCUUCGGCUGCUAGUUUUAUGACAGUCGCGCGGCGAGCGUAUGUUUAGGCGAUUCUUAACAAUCUUAACAAAAUUCCCGCGAAUCGUCGAAUAGCUGGAGCAGCUCACAGCGACCGUAAAGAAUCAUCACACGCGCUCACCUAGCAUUAUCAACAUCAUCAUCCAUCGUCGCAGUUGCAGCAGUUCCCGAUGAAGGUUAAAUCGUAGCAACUGCAAAACUCUCAAGAGCUGCCUGCCACCGCCACCGUCAAGCCUACCUGCUGCUGCCCACCAACGUCUCCACCACCUUGUCUGACUGGACUCUAUAGCUAACCGACCGACCAGCCAGCGACACUUUCGACGAGCUUGACCAUAACUUCCAAACUACUCGGUUUAUUGCGCCCCAACUUCGGCAGCAAGGAAAGCAAAAACGAGUGUCGAAAGUGAAGCAAAGCGCAAGUGAAACCGCGUGCGACGGCGGGUGUGCCGAAGUGGUCGAAGAAAAGUUAAAAGUCUCUGUGAUUAAAUUCAAUUAGUGUGGGGCCCGGGCCGCGCUCCACAUUCAACUACAAUAAAGUGUCGCAUCGCAUCAUUGCAUCCGCGCGCUGCAAGGAAAGGAAAAUCUAAGGCCUCCUCUUCUGGUGCACUGUGUGUGAGUGUGUGUGUGUGUGUGUUUUUGUGAGUGAGUGGGGGUUUUUGUGAGUGAGAGGGCCAGGUCGGGGUAAAGGAAGUGGGGAAGGGUACGCGGUGUGCACGGUGUCUGGAUAUCUGGUCGCGCGGUGCAUCGAGGUGUGACAAUAAUAGGUCACGAAGUAGGAAGUUUCGGAUACAGGAUCGCGCCUGGGGGACCUCCUGGGUGUGGGAUAGGAGGACGGCCGUAGGACACAGAUCCCAGGACACACCCGGCAGCACCAGCUCCAGGGCAGGAGGCAGACAGCAUGGAGUCGAUGGAGUACGAGGAGGCCCGGAACAUGACGCUGCUGUUCUUUCUCGAGCGGUUGCUGGAUCGUGGCGAGCCGAGAACGCUGCACGACCUGUCCUGCCAGUUCGGGGCACGUGGAUUCACCAAGGAAAUGCGUCAGAUCGCCGGCGGCAGUCAAUCAGGAUUGAAGAAAUUUCUCGCCCAAUAUCCGGCCCUGUUCGAGAUUAAUGGCGACUUUGUGCACAUCAACUCGUACCAAUCGAGCAGCCCGGACGAUUCGUCCGUAUCGGGCAAGCGGGACUACAUCAAGGAGGCGAAAGAUUACUUCAAACACAAGCUGCUACAGUACGGCAAAGGGACGGAGGUACCGAUCCGCAGUUUGCUGGGCCACCGGAGUCAAGCGUCGCCCCAGGUUCGCCACAUCUCCGGGCAGCACAUACGCGAGUUCACCGAGUUUCUGCUGAAGCACCCGGACACGUUCCAGGUGAUCGAUAACGAGAAUGUGGUGCUGGUGGGCUGUGAAGAUGAGGAGGAAGUGCCGGCCUCGGAACGGUUGCAUCUGCCCAACUCGACGAUCGAUACGCAGGCCACCCAACAGCUGCUCGAUUCGUUCGCACAGGUGAUCGAAAUCAAGGGCCCGAUUCUGGUCGAUCAGCUGUUCCACAUGGUCACAUCGAACUUCCCGCAGGAGCAGUGGUUCCACAUGUUCAAGAAUCCGAGCGAUCUAAAGACGUUUCUGAAGCUGUUCUCCGAUUGCUUUCACAUCCAAUCGAAUCUAGUCACGCUGCUGCAGAAACCGAAGCUGUCGGAUGCGCACAUCCGGCAGGCGCAGGACAAGCUGAACCUCUCGAACAGCACGUUCGGCAGCACGCACAGUAGUUAUAGCUUAGGUAACGUGACCGGCACGUCAGCCGGCAGCCCGCAGAACAGUCUGCAAACGUUCGGCGGCAGCGGUAGCAUCGGUGGGUUUGGCAGUGCGAACGGUAGCAGCAACACGAGCCGGACCGCGUCGCCCAAAAACAUGAUCGGAGAUUUCAAGCUGAACGAACCGGUUUCGGUGGGGCUGGUCGGUGGGAAUGCCGGUGCGGCCAACAAUGUGGCGUCGCUCACCGCCAACAGCAAGAGUGAACCCAACAGUGGGUUCGACAGUUUGCUCAUAACGAACGAUUUCAAGAUGGAGAGUUUGUGCCCCCGCAACUGUCCGACGGUGACGAGCUACGCGAAGGCGUCACUGUUACCACCUGCCAAAGGAAGUACGAACGAUGCGGGCACAAACACGACGGUAUCGUCCGGGGGAACUGUGGGUGAGCCGUUGAAUAAUGGACGCAGUACCGGUGUGAACGAGCGGCUCACCAAUCACCAGCAGACACAGCAACAACCGCCUCAGCCGCAGCAGCAGCAGCAACCUCCAGCCGGUGCACCAAAUCCUAAGAAUCAAACGCUCAAGCAACGAAUCAACAGUCUCGUGAUCAAAACACUUGCCGAAAAUCUGGAAAAGGACAAACACUCGAUGAGUGCGAUACAGACGACGACGACGACACAGCAGCAGCAGCAUCCGGCGGGCGUUGGUACGCCGGGAACGGGAACUCCGGGUGGUAACACGGCUGGACAAUCGGGUGCGAUGUCACCAACUCCACCAGCAACGGUGGCUGGUGGUGGUAAUCCGGUCCAUUCGAACAACUACUUCAUCGGCGACACGUGGAAGAUCAAGGUGCUGCAGAAUACGCGCGUGAUCUCCACCGUCAAGGAGUCACUUUUCGUCACCAAUGCCAUCCUGAAGUCGGCCCUUGAAGAGCAGGCGAUCGUAUCGUUCGACUGUGAGGGCAUUAAUCUGGGCGUCCGGGGACAAGUCACCAUGGUGCAGCUGGGUACGACGCGUGGCGAAGCGUUCAUCUUCGACAUUGCCACCUGUCCGGAUAUGGUGGUCGAGGGUGGCCUGAAGGAGAUACUGGAGUCGGAGAAGGUGAUCAAGGUGAUACACGACUGCAGGAACGAUUCGGUCAAUCUGUUCAACCAGUUCCAAAUUCUGCUCCGCAACGUCUUCGAUACUCAGUCCGCGCACGCUGUGCUACAGUUCCAGGACCAGGGCAAGCAGGUGUACAAGGUGAAGAAUGUGUCCCUCAACACGUUAUGCGAGAUGUAUAAUGCGACCGUAAAUCCGAUGAAGGACCAGCUGAAGAACGUUUACCGGCGUGACCAGAAGUACUGGGCCCGGAGGCCAUUGACCAGGGAUAUGCUACUGUACGCUGCCGGAGACGUGCUGAUACUGAUCAACGAGCAGCUGUACCUCAACAUGGCGACAUCCAUCAGGCCCGAGUACCGCGAGCUACUGUCGGAGCUGUGCACUGAGCAGAUUUUAAUGCUAAUCCGCCCAGUGGACGUAAAGAUGCGCAAGAAGCAGCGCAAGGUACGGUCGGAGAUACAGGAUCUGAAGGUGAAGCUGAAAUCGGCCAGCAAAAACAUCGUCCUAAGCAACAGAGAAAUCCGACUGUUGAGGUACAUGGAUCUUACGGAAGAGGAGAAGGAAAAGCUACGGGUGUCGUACAAGGUGGCCAAGAAGCUGGACAAGCUGGAGAACUACGAUCGCGACCGGUGCGAUCAGAGCGAUUCGGAUGAUGAGUGUGAUGUAACGGAGCAGGACUACCAAAGCAUGGACAGCGUACCGUCGGACAACUCGCUGCCUGGUACGGGGACGGGCACUGCCGGUAGUGGCACAUUCUCGCCGAAGAACUCGGAACCGCCGAGUUUGACGGAAUCGAUGCAGCUGAUGGACGAAAUCCUUUCCAACACGACGAUGGACCGGAUGGCGAAGAUUGAUAAGCUGGAAGCGAUCCUCUCUGCCGCCACACUGCUGCCAAACGAUCAGUCCUUCGCCGACACAAUGUCCAGCUUUAAUGCCAAUACGAUCGUAGUAACUAACGACAAUAUUCUGCAGCCUGCAAAGGAAAAAGACGCCAUCAAUAAGGGCCGUGUGAGCACCAAACCGAGCUCGAAGAUUGCGGCACGCUUGCAACACUCGAUCACGCCACCGCCACCGGUCGCCUCGUCCGGUUUGGGGGCGUACCACCACCAACACCACCAGCAGCCGGCGGUACCACUGCCAACACCGAAGGAAAUGAAGGAAGCGGCCUGCCAGACGCUCAGCACGGGCGACAUUGUGAUUACGAAGAUAUUCUUCAAGGAGGACCAAGACAAAAAGCAAGCUGCCGCACAAGCGGCGGCGGACGAAAUGCUCAAGAAGAACGGUACGGCGGCGCCCGGCGGUGGCGAACUGCUGAUGAACGCGUCCAACCCCCAGCCCCAGGCGCAAAGUGCCUGAACGGUGGUGGCCCGCAUCACACCAAGCUCACGAAUUUCGGCAGCCGCUUAAGAUAAGUAAGGAGGUUUCACGCGUCCCUUUUGCUGCGGCCUUGGUUUUUGAUGAUAACCGGAACGAUUAUGACGAAGAGCAAUAAUUUAUGUGCGUUUAAUUUAUGUUAGACCUAGCUGAGCGGUGCAGUGAGAGAGAGAGAGAGAGCCGUGGUGUGGUCCCUCUUGGUGUCCCCGAACCCGGCGUAUACCGACAGACAAGCACAGACCCGGGGACGACGGGGAUGAGUGGUGUGUUUGUGUGCGUAGCGCGUAUAUUUUUUAUUCAAUAUUUAUACCCCACGAUAACGAUGACCCCUUUUCCCGAUGCGAGUGAGAAUGACCACGUGUGAUCACAAGGACCACGCUGUAAGGACAAUUUCCUUAGGAAGUUUUUCUUUUUUUUGAAGCAAAACUACUACCACAAGUGUGAUGAAUUGAGCGUGUUUAGGUGUGCGAUUUGUUUUCUUUUCAUAACUUUGUUAAAAAAGCAGGGUUUUCCAAAUCUCUUAACCAAAUGUUCAGAUGUUUACAACUAUGCUUUGUUUCAAGUUAACAAAAUACUAACCAAGCUACGGUUCGUUGUUUUAAACAUGGCGAGCAUUAGGUUUUUGGUGGAGGUGGAAAACACUCUAAACAGACAGAAGUAGAAUAUAUGGCAACAAUGAAAUUAUAAAAGUAAAGUAGGAAAAAUGUAACCAAUUGUAGAACUUUUUUUUUUUGAUAAUUGAUCAUUGGAUCGUAUAUAUAGAAAGGCCAUGGCCUGUGAUGUGGCACGAUUGGUAGUGAACUUGAUAGUUAACAUACAUACCCGACGGAACUUACACACCUUAUACAUAUAUACACCGUAGCAACGUAGACAGGAUCGAGCGGUUAGGUAUAGUUAUAACAAUCAUUUAACUGAAUUGAACCCGGAACCUUUCAAUCAUAAAACGAAAAAUGAAAACGCGAAGGUUUGUUUUUUGGAAUAAUAUAGUGAGCUUUGGACGUGUUUGGCAGCGGCAGCAUACUCAGCAAGCAGCUAUUAUAUAUCCUUUAUAUACACACCAACAUACAUGAGCGAGCGCAUAUUAUACAUAGGGACGGAUAGGGAAGCUGGAAAAAUGAACGUGAAAUAUUAGAGCGUUAGAGCGAAUUUUUGAAGCUAAAAGCAUAAUUUGAACGACCGAGAUGGAAUGUUAGAUGAAGCUAUCCGUUUGUGUGUAGUGGACAUAUCAGCUGUUGGAGGACUUGGAGCGGUUUAUUGAACUAACCCUUUACACUAAUUUGUAUCGUUCGAGGGACUAAGAGUACUAGUUGUAGUAGUAGUGAUAGUAGUAGACACAUGCAUACGAAUAAAACAGGAGAAAGUACUAAACUCUGUAGCAGGGCGAGCUAUCCGAUAGUUUGCUUAUCGGCUUAAUAUUAUACACACACACACACACACACACACAUUUAUAUACGGCCGACGAAGGAUGCGAAACAAUGAAAGGUGAAAUUAUACUAUGAGACGGGUGUGUUGAAGUUAAGGGUGAUUAUAAAUGCAAGGAACUAACGAAAAAGUAAUAAUAAUAUUAUGCAAACCUAGUAUUCAACCAAUACGGGCGUAUAGGAACAACCCAAUGCGGGGCGUAUGAUGCUGGAAUUUAUAUACACAACGAUGACGAUAAGCAAUGGUUUUUUUUUCUUUUUGGCAUGGCGUCGUGGCUCGCCUACAAAUAAGGUGUGAAGUGAAGUGUGUUUUCGGUCGAGCGAAACAUAUAUUACUUAUACUAUAUACAGCACACGCUAACGAUUCUAUAGCAGAACGAAGGCGGUAGGAAGGGACGACGAGAAGGGGGUUGUUGUGGUUCGGGUCCGGGAUGGUGGGCGCUUCCGGGAAAUGCGUUACGAGGCGAAUGAGAAGAUGUGUUAUAGGAACAAAAUAAACAAUUGUAAAUUUGCUAAAACUA